AUGAAGGUCAUGGAGAGGUUCGGCAUGGAUCCGACUCUGCCGCGCGAUGGGCAAAUGACCAAGGUGUCAAUAUGGUUCUCUACAGCCCUACGCCAUAGUCCGUAUUGGAAGGAUGGAUUCAGCCGACACUUCGAAAAGAUUAGCACUUUCGAUCCAUACGAUGGCUGGGUUGUUGUUGACGAUUUGCUGACAAACUGGACUGAAAAUGAUCAGUGGAAAGGCUAUCGUGAAAUGCACGAGGUGCUGAUCAAGGGCAGGCCCCACACGUCAUACGUGUAUUGGGUGCUGCUAAACUGCUGUGAGAUGAUUGACCAUCACGGCAUGCAGAAGGGCAGGCUCCAGAUGAAGUGCGUUGAUGACAGCAUGCUGCUGCCUCCCAGGUACAAUUGCCGACCUGCCAUAUGCACCCUGAGCAAGACCCUCUACAUCGAUGGUGUUGGUGAGGGCGCUGCGAUAUGUCGGAAGAUGGGCAACUUCAAGAUCGGGGUACAAUAUGCCAAUGAGGCGAGCCCCCGUAUUGAGGAGUAUGCCUCCAACAUCGCAGAAGGCUCGGGUGCCAAUCUCCCGGCCAUCUGGGGCCUAGGAGCCAUGGAAGCACGUGAUACGAUCAUCGUGCUGAAGCCAGGCUACCAGAAGGUUAUCUUCCCCAGCGGUGACUACACCCUGAAGCUGGGAAGAGGCGCCAAGGUCCUGAAGUACCACGUGGCCAGCGGGCAGAUCUAUCAGUUCGAGAAGGAGCCCGUGCCCCCGAACAGAUCGCUGCACACCCUUUACGCCUUCUAUGUGUACUCAGAGACGGAGGCUCCAGACCGCCUGCCCGGGGGAGACGGCCGCCCCUUCGUCGGCUUCUCUGGCCUGGAGGCAAGGGCGACCAGCCCCGAGUAUGAGCAGAGCGUGGCCUCGUACGCGGGCGUGCAGCUGAGCAUCAUGAGGUACAAGGACUUCUUCAACCUCAUAAACCCGAAGAG